GUGAAAAAUUAUUGUGAUGCGAUCUUUUAAUGUCGUUAAAAAAUGACAGAUGCGGACAGUUUUGCUUCGAGAUUUACAAGGAAGACUUGUUAGCAUUUUUACCAUUGUUAACGCACGAAGAUUCGUCGAUGUGUAAAAGUGUGGCGUAACAAAGUCGAAGAUACAUUACUGCAGUUAAUUUUAACAAUAGAAGGAUAACAAUGCCAUGGGAGUGGAACUAAAACAGUCAACGAAAUAUUCAUGGACAUCGUCGUAUAAGAUUUUGAAAAUUCAAAUUCCAAUUUACCUUGCACUAUUAUUCGUUAUUGCUAUUUCACAUUUUAUUUUAUUUUAAUUGUUAUUUUAAAAAUUCUUUUUAUUCCAAUUUGCAAUUUUUAAAGUUAUACGUACAGAAUCUUUGUCAACUUCUUUAAAUUUACUAAAGAAUAAUAUUUAAUUAAAAUAUUUAAGAAAAAUAUUUAAUUAUUAAAAAAAUCUUUUUAUAUUAUAUUUUUUAUAUUAUAUCAUAUUAUAUGUAACUCCAACUUAACCCUGAUCGAACGAAAUUCAUAGUUCAAGAUAAAAACUUCGUUGAAAGUGAAGUAACAUCAAAAAUACGAAAACAUAUUUAUAUAUAAAAAAGGUACAAGUUUAUAAGAAGAAAUUAACAGGAUAAAAUAUAAAUUUUACAAUUCUGACAACUGUAAUCAACGAUGAUCGACGUAACUAUCCUAUCGACCGUGGAGAAGGAAAGAAAUUCUCGGCGUCACGUCGGGUGGUGUCAAUUAGGCGCGUAUUCGCACGCGAACACCGGAAGAAAGCGUUUAUUGGUCACAUAAUGUGUAUAUUCAAAAUAUUGCAAGGCAAGCGUUUCCACUCGAAACACCUAAAAAAUACCAUUCCCUAGUAUUUUCAGUUCAUAACGAAUCAUCAUCCUACGUCACAGCUUUACAAAAUGAAGAAGAACGUAGAACCCAUAAAAUCUAAAACAGACUCGAAAGAAACAACCAACGAAAAUAAUCAAGAUGAGCGUCCGAGAGACUUGGCAGAAAGUCAAAUAUCAGACACCGAGUCCAAACUGGAAAUGUCUGACCAAGAACCAACAGUGGUGGCACCACGGAGCGGAAGUAGCUUUUUAAAGCGCGACAAGGUGAGUGACAUCUCUCCAAAACAAUUGUCGAUCGAUUCAAAAAAUUCUUCUACGAAAACUUCCUCAAAGUUCCUCAAAAUAAUCUCCAACGAAGAAUCUCAUGAAAAUAAAUGGAAAAAAUUUUGGAUUCAUCAUCGAGACAAGUUUCGACACAAAUCCGAGGAAGAUUUCACAACGAGGAAUCGAACAUUUGAAGAGAUGACGGCGGAAGUGGAUGCGGUAUUUCGAAAGGCGAUUCGAAGCAUGCGAUUCGAUCGAUCCGAUAUCGAUCGUCGAUAUUUUAAUAUUGACGAGAGUUCUCCAGAGAAAAGUGCUGGCCAAGAUGAUAACAAAAACACUGAAAGCAUUUCAGAGUUACCGCAAACCGUCGAAGCGCCACCUCGAAGGUUAAGAUUGAGUACCAGUCGUAUAAAAGACCGUAAGUUCAUGGACGUUUUGGCAGGUGAGCAAGGUACCUUUAAGAAAAAAUCCGAGAAAAAUGAUCCUACUCUCAUAAUUUCUAGCGUUAACGAAGAAAAACAGAAAGAAAAUACAUUUAAAGCUACUAGUGAAAUACCUGAUAUUAAUUUCCUCGUAGGAAUCAGUGCCGAAGAGAAAGAUGUUCGAUUGGAAAAUAAGAUUAGAUCGGAUCGUUCGACUAGAAGGUGGAGUUCGUUGGAAAAUUUAGCGAGAAAGGCGGAAAAUGUUGGAGGAGAUUCUUCUACAAAUAGGAUAGAGGGUUUGUCGAUCGAAAGACCAGUUCGAAGCAAAGAGAAGAGAACGAUCGGAUCUUUGAGAUCUUCGUUGGAGAGGAAGAUGGGCUCUGUGGAGAGGAUCUUGGAGGAUCAGAUAGAGAAAAUAUGGGAAGAGAAGGUGGAGAAGCAUCCGUGGCUGCUGCCUAUAGAAAGUUGGAUCGUUGAACGUUGUAGACCCUCUGGAACGUAUUCUGUCGUUCACGACAGGAAAAAUAGUGGUUUGAAGAUGGAGGAGGGGAGGUUGAGCGAGAAAGAGCAGAGUUUUGAUUUCAAAUUUACCGCGCCUGAAAAGAAGGACGAGGAGGGAAGAAUAGAGAUUAAAUUGGAACAUUUAAAGAGAUCGGAGAGAUCGGGAUUCGAGACUGCAAAUUUGAUUUCGAGGUUGAGGAAGUCUUCUGAACAGUCGAAGGUAGAGGAGCAAGAGGUUUUGGACGCGAAGGACGUGAAGCAUCAUGAUCUGUUCGAUAAACUCAAGGGCAAUGUUAGAGAGAAAAUGGAAGAUAUUCAUAGGUAUUUCCAAAGGACCAAUCGAUUGGCGGACGUAAAUAGACGGUUAAAGUCACAGAUAUGGAGCUCCGUAGUAACGAUUGUUCUUGUGGAGGCGAAGAAUUUAUUACCGAUGGAUAUAGACGGUCUUUCGGAUCCCUAUGUCAAAUUUCGUCUCGGAACAGAAAAGUACAAGUCAAAAGUGGUGCACAAGACCUUGAAUCCCGUUUGGUUGGAGCAAUUCGAUCUCCAUCUUUACGAAGAUCCUUAUUUAGGCCAAGAAUUGGAGGUCACGGUGUGGGAUCGGGAUAAAAGCCACCAGGAUGACCUAAUGGGAAAAACGGUAAUCGAUCUGACGACGCUUGAACGUGAGACGACCCAUCGACUCUGGCGGGAUCUCGAGGACGGCUCUGGCAGCAUAUUUUUACUGUUAACUAUUAGUGGUACCACCGCUAGCGAAACGAUCAGCGAUUUAGCCGCUCACGAAGACACACCUCGUGAACGUGAGCAAUUAUACCAAAGAUAUGCUUUGGUGAACUCGUUGCAGAGGGUACGAGACGUUGGUCAUUUAACAGUAAAGGUAUUCAGAGCACAAGGUCUCGCGGCAGCCGACUUGGGUGGGAAGAGCGACCCUUUUUGCGUCUUGGAAUUGGUAAACGCAAGAUUGCAAACCCAGACGGAAUAUAAAACGCUGGCUCCAAGUUGGCAGAAAAUAUUCACCUUUAACGUGAAAGAUAUCAAUUCGGUGUUAGAGGUGACGGUGUACGACGAGGACAGGGACCAUAAAGUAGAGUUUCUCGGCAAAGUCGCCAUACCUCUUCUAAGGAUAAGGAACGGUGAGAAACGAUGGUACGCGUUAAAGGACAAAAAACUGAGGGGUCGUGCCAAAGGAAAUUCUCCGCAAAUUCUUUUGGAGCUGAACGUGGUGUGGAACGUUGUCAGAGCAUGUGUUCGAACAUUAAAUCCCAAGGAGAAGAAGUACAUGGAACCAGAGAUAAAGUUCAAAAGACAGGUGUUUUUACGUAACGUUCUCAGGCUGAAGGCAAUCAUCGUUAUCGUGAUUGAUAUUGGAAAAUACGUGCAGAGUUGCUGGGAAUGGGAAAAUAAAAUGAGAAGCAUCAUCGCACUGGUCAUCUUUAUUUUGGGCUGUUACUACUUUGAACCUUACAUGUUUCCUGGAAUAGCACUCCUUAUCCUGUUAAAGUAUUAUCUGGUUGCGGUAAUAACCGGUACGCCCUUAUCGCAUCAAUCGAGUUCCCACUUCCAUGACGAGGGUGACGAAGGUCCUACCACUCCUGGGGACGACGAUGACGACGAUGACGAUAAGGACAAAGAAGAGAAAAAAAGUCUGAAGGAACGCUUACAAGCGAUUCAGGAGGUAACCCAGACUGUUCAGAACUCGAUCGGUUAUAUAGCCAGCCUCUGUGAAAGAGUGAAGAAUCUCUUCAAUUUCACUGUCCCUUAUUUGAGUUAUUUAGCUAUGAUUUUGGCGAUCCUCGGUGUUGCUGUCUUGUAUUUCAUUCCACUAAGAUACCUUAUCCUAGCAUGGGGCGUCAAUAAAUUCUCCAGGAAAAUUGUCCGGCCUCACUCGGUUCCAAACAACGAGCUUCUAGACCUCAUAACUAGAGUGCCCGAUGACGAGGAGAUCCUUAAUUACAGAGAGUUGAAACCAUUACCAACUGCCGAUUGCGAGAAGAGCAGUACAUCGGGUAGUCCAGGUGCGUCGAAUUUAACGCGGAGGGAACAGAGGAAAAGGCACAAGGCCGCGUAGCAGCAUGCCCCGCGGCCGGAAGUCGCGGGUCUACGAUCACCGAGCAUCCUGAAGACGGUCCUGCUGCGCCGUAAGAUGCGUCAGCGAAAGGGAUCAGCGGAGAAUCCGGAUGUGAUCGACAUAGACUGAGAAACGUUUUGUUUCCACUCGUAGUUGUCUAGCUAGGGGGGGAUUUUCAUCAUUCUAGUUUCCAGUCUUAUCUGGUCACGUUAAGAACACCUCGCGUGGUAUAUCUUCGAAGUCUGAACUGUUUUAUUCUCAGUGAGAGUAGUUUUACAUCAUAUUAUGAAGAGAAAUAGGAAAUAGAUAAGAUAUAGUUAGAGGAUGAAAGAGAUCAACCACCAGAUGGUCGAGUUCACUGCAAUAAGAAAGAGAAAAGAAGAUUGUAAUCACAAUAUUCAGAAGGACUUCCGCAUUUUUAUAGCAUAAGAUAUUCAAAGCUUCAACUAUAUUCGAUAAUUAAAUACGUAUAUCCGUAAUAUAAAAUCGCUAGAUACGUUUCACGAACGCGCUGGAAACAUUUGUCAAUGUUUACCAAGCGAUAUUUCUCACGACGAAAUCUCCGGGACAUACCACACAAAAUUGUUAUUAGAUAAUGUUUCGAUUCGAUAGUUGGAACGUGUCGACGCAGAAAUACAUAGAGAAUUUCGUAAAAAGAAGCAAAUGAUGUCUUUUCAUCUAUAUAGUAUCUCUGGAAUGUAAACGUGUGGCACAUUAGUAGUUUUAUCGAACGACUCAGCUAUAAUGGUGUUGGUAAGUCUGUGUGAAUGUUCGUCGACAAGGAAGUCAAAAUGAAAGUUGUAAUUUCCCAAUAACACUCUCAUGAAAUUAACGACAGUAAAAUAUUGAAUUUUAUUCUGAAUAUAUAAUAUCUAUUUCCUUGAAAAUUAAAAAAUUCCAUAAAUUCGAAUUUAACGAGUUUAACAAACGUAACGUCAAACAAGGAAACAAGUUACGAUAAAUUAUCGUUUGACUUUCCCUUUUGAGAAAAAACGAAGGAAAACACGAAUAGACAAACGUUUUUGAAAGUAUAUAUAUCUCGUUUGAACGGAAGAACCGCGUUUCAAAUGUAUCAAAACUCAACGAAGAAUGUGCGUUCGAUAGCGGUAUAUUAGCUAACAAUAUCGACGGAGAAGAGAUACCAUAGUUAUUUAAAGAAGAAAAACGAGAAAAAUACGCGAGAAUAAUUCCUACUAACGGGUUAUCCUCGUCGAUCCGUUUCGUCCAUCGGUGUCGUAGAUAUAGCUGCUACAGAAUCGUUACCAGUGACAGAGAGAGAUAUUAACAAGUUUAAAAGAAAAAAAGAGGAAAAAAUAUAAAAAAAAAAGAAAGGAACAAAAAAAGACAAAUAUAGUUGUUCUACGGCGGUCUUAUUUAGCCGACAAAAUUCGCUCGACGAGUUGUUUCUUCCAUUUCAAGAACGACGAAUAGAGUCAGUUAUUCAACAUUCACACAUCUAAACUUUAUUCGAUAUACUAUAUUAUUGUAAAAGAAGAAAGUAAUAACAGUUCGAUCGGUAUAUGUAGUCUGUUCUUAUUCGAGUCUUUGUGCUACCUCGUGCUGUAAUUAUCGCGUUAUAGUCUUACGAUUGUAAUUUUACUAUUCAACGAUCGCCGAGGAGCUAUUCGUCGUUCGUGAAAUCAGUUUAUUAUUUAGUCUUUUACCGUUAAGACCUCUCAAAGUGUCCUAAUGUUAUUUUCUUUAAAUAGUAUUUAAUAUUAUCGAAUUCUUCGUUCCAACGCACACUGUCACGCGUUCAUUCGCCUCCUCGAGCAUGAAUACAAUAAAAUUAACAUAUGCUAUAACGAGCAUCUUUGCGUGUGGAAAAUUGUAAAAAGUGACAGAGUUUCUCUUUACGGUUGAAUGAUAGAAUUUUAUUACAACUGUUCACGUUAUAACCAGGAACAUAUCGCAGUUUAAAUAAAAGGAAAAUAUUCAAUUUCUAAUAGAAUCGUGCUGGGUAAUGGCAUUAUGCGAUUUCUUUGUACAAAUCAUGGUAAUUAACGAAGAAACCGUAGAAAAUAUUAGUCGUGCGUGAAGAUGUUCGGAAGAAACCGGAAAAAAAGCAUAGAAAGGGGCAGAAAGUUUCUCCGACCAGUUGUAUUACUAUUUUUAUAACAAUAAUAGUUAUCGCUGUCCUCGUGACAAUAGUUUGUAGCUCUUGCGAUUAAAUAACGUUCCAGCCAGACCUCGUAACUUUCUUCAUUGUGAAUAUUACGCUGCGUUCUUUUUAUACCGGUUUUUCUCUCAUUGUGUAAUCAUCAUCAUAAUAUUGUCUCUGUAAAAAGGAAAAACCACAUUACUUCCGUUAUUUAUGUUCCAUUUCCGGAUAGUUACGAGCUCGCAUUGUCGCAAAAGCAAUAAUAGCCGAAUAAAGAUAUUAAUAUUACAAUUUUAAAAGUUGUACACCAAGUGUUAUAUGAAAAAUAUCGUAAAAUUAUGCGAUGACUAGCAUGCGACUAGUAAAAGAUCCAUAAAAUAAUUAUAAACGAAAUUUUGUAUUUUCGAGUACGUUUUAAGGAAUUUAUUAUAGAGUAAAAUUUGGCUAAUUAGCGAUCUGUCAAAUGAAUAUGGGUAAAUCUGCCAUGGCAAACAUGCUUGAGGAGGGAGGCAAAACGCGUUGAAUUAAUUAUUCCUAACCGCGAUUUUACGGUUCGUGCUAGCCGAUGAGAAAGCUGAAAGGAGAAGGAGAGAUAUCGCUGAUCCAUUUUUUCGCUGUUCUAACUCGGAACAUCGCGACAUCGCCAUUUUUUUCCAAGUCUUUCGCUAUCGUUUUUCUCGCUGUUUCUUGUAUUCGUAUGAUCGUGAGGUUCAUGAUGUCAGUAAAAUCACAAGUGUUGUAAAAGAAAAUUGUAUCUUUCGAGUACAUUUUCACUCAUAUUUGACCUUUUGAAGCGUUAUAAAUAUUUUUUAUAUUUCAUUCGAAGUUUUUAUCUCUUUUUUAAUACAUUUGUAUAAUAUUUUUAUAUAUUCAAUUAUACAUAUUUUAUUUUUUGUAUAUUUAUAAGGAUACAGAGAUACAAUUGUAUUGUUGAAUUUAUAAAUCUGCAAUUCUAACUUAACUGUAUAAAACAAAUUUAUUAUAGCUGCUUAGUACAGUCUUUUAAAAUGCAGUUUGUGUUAAGAUGAAAAUUUUAAUUUCAAAUUAAGAUGAUUGAAAAAGAAGUUACUAACAGACUGAAAUUAUUUUAAACAAUUAAUUCGUGUAAACAUACAGAACAUCUUUUAACAUUUAAAUUUAUGAAUUUACAUAAUUUUAAUAUUCUGUACGCAUAUUUACAUAUUUAUAUUCGAAAUAUUGAAAGAAAUUAUAAAAAUUAGUAGAACUAGAAUUAGUUCUUAGAUUAUUAAAAUUAAAUAGCAGAUACUAAAAUUAUCCUAGCUAAAUCGUCGUUAAAUAACAUGAUCGGUCAACUAUGAAAUUGACGAAUCGUAAAGGAAUCGUAAAGGAAUCGUAAUUGAAAUCAUGACUGAAAGUUCCGUUAACGUAAUUCUAUCCCCAUCUUCCGUAUUUUAUCUUGGUAGGGAAUUAAAGAAACCGGACUAUAGCCGGAAGUAGUUCGCGCUUCAAAGGGUUCAAAUGUAAGUAAUAUCGGCCAUAAGUAUUCAGACAACUCUUGAUACUUAGUACAAAUUAGAUGCAUUUCACUGUUUUUAUUUUUGUUACAAAUGUGUUAUUUCAUUCGCGUUACCUAUGUUUUAUAACGUAAAAAACUAAAUGAAAUAAAAUUUAUUUGAAAUAUUUAAUAAAAUCUCAUGGGUCGGUAAAGGAGGUAUUACUAUUUAUCGUUCACUGUCACGCGUUCCUACAUUCUUUUGUUUAUAUAUGACACUUUCGGCCAAUUCGCGUGCUUAACUUUACGAUCGUGUUGCGUUUGUUAACAACCAAUCAGGCUAGUAUUUCUUCCACAGGACUUUCUUUGAAUUCAGCAGUAUAACUAAGUGUCUUAAAUAUGUACAUACCUAUGGUCAACAGUGCAUAGUAACGUUCAUCGCCGAUUUUGGGCCUGUGUCGAGAGAUAAAACGUAUAAUACAGAACACACUGAAUACUUACACGUGAACGUGAGAUACAUACGAAAAGCGAGGGAAAAUUAGGCGAUUCUUUCUAUUAUGUAGAAUCUAAUCAACGAACUUUCUUCGUAAGUGAAAAACUUGUGAUAUUGCAAAUCAAUUUCAUUGUGUUUAGGUCGAGAGAUGUAGAGCGUGUGAUUUAAAAUUUCGUGACUAUAGCUAAACAGAAACUUUUCUUUUUUAUAGAUCUUAGUUUAGCUUCGUUUUAUUAUAAGACGGACAAUCAGAAGUAUGAGUCGAUUAUUGAAUUUAUUGGUGUUGAUUUUCGGGAUUUUAAAUCACAUAGCUGAUAAAGUUGGUAUGUUUUCUAUAGUUAUUCCAUACGACAUUCCUUGUAUUGAAAUUGUGUGGGUACGUGGAUUCACUUUUCCAUUUAUGUUUUCCAUGAAAUUGUGAGAAUAUAUUCUCUUGGUAAAUUUUGGUAAAAUACUUUGUAUUUAGAUAAAAGGUAAAUUUAAGUAAUAGAUAAACAAUGAUCUGGGUAACAAUUCAUUGUAUUCUUUUUAAAAAGAUUAUAAUGUGUAGUGUGCUCAUGCAAUUUCAUUUUUCACGCAUUUGGUAACAUUUAAUCACAUUGAAGCGUCGAUUGUUAAAUAUUAAAAGAAUAUACAAAGCACUCUCUACAAUAGUAAAUAUGAUUACCAAUGAUAAUCGUUGUGACUACUAGCGACGCUUAUGUAACAGAUCAACACUAAACAGAUCACUAAUCUUGGUAAUGAAUAAUCAAUUGUAAUGAAAACGAUUAUCGAAGAAUCUACUUAUUGUCAAUUAUUUCCAGUACUGACAAUUCGGAAACUAUAAACUUUCCAAUACUGGACUACAUAUAUUUGUAUUACCUUCAUAGUCAUAUUUAUUCGUUCAAUUAUUAAGUUCCAUAACUUAAAAUUAAUUUACAAUUACAACAUGCGAUAUAAAUCAUCCAAAAGCUAGAUAACUACAAAUAAAUAAUAAUAAAAUUACAGUUUCUGAAGAUAGUGUGAGUAUCGAUCGACGCUUCAAGAGAAACUAUUCGCGUUCUACACCGUGAUUUUUCUACUCUUCCAAUUUUGUACUUCCAACAAGGUGUAUAAGAUAUUUCAAAAACAUUGCUUUCUCAAUUUUAAAAGAGACAUUUUCCUCCGUAUAAGCAUCUCACCGACAGAGAAGAAAAAUAGUUUUCUACGUCUGCUCUUGUAAUUUGAGCCGUUUCUUUCGGAACACGGUUGUUCAAGCGCAAACAGGGAAACGUAAAAAGAUACGAGCGGUCAUACAUUCACGCGUAUAUUCAUUAUUAUCUCGUGCACGCACUUUCAAGUUUGCAUGCUCCAGUUUCUUCGUGUUAUAUGAAUCUUCAUUAAAGUGUCUUAGUCGUUAAGAGGAAAGCAAGGCCGAAAUACAGAGAGAGAGAGAGAGAGAGAGAGAGAGAAAGAGAGGAAAGCCAGGACGAAUUUGAUUUCCACGAAAUCACACAAGGGCGCGUAUAUUUUUCCCGAAUUCUGUCCUCUGGAUGAAUGUUUUCUAUUCCCAAAACUCCAUUUUAUUUAUUAUUGGUCGUUGAAAAAGUUCGUAGUGCUUUUAUUAUAGAGUAUAGAUUUUUAUGCAUUUAUGGAAAAUUUGGAAAUGCAACAGGAAUAUAUAAAAUGUUUAAAGUAUAGUAUCCUCUACAAUAUUUAAUAGGUGAAACAAAUUCUUAUUCAAAUUGCACUUUCUUAAUUAUAUUCGUAAAAAUGUGAAUUUGCAUGAAUAUACGUAGUCUGAUUAUGUAUUUCUUUCAAAUAAUGAAACGAAUAAAUAUUAUUCUUAGUUGGAUACUAAAGUGAAUUAAAGAGAAAUAUCGAGAAUUCGUUAAUGAACUAAAUCUUUCUUAACUUUCGCUACGAAUUUUCCAAUUCUUCAAAUAUAAAUUAUACAAAUAUAAAUAUAAAUUAUAAAUUACAAGUUUCUACAUGUUCCAAUUCAAUUCGAUUUUGUUUACUUUUAUCGUAGUUGAACGAUGAAAUGAUAAUGAUCCAGAUGGCAGAUCGAUCGACAAUGCUCCGCACAGGUCUGUUCGAUAGGACAAACGAACAUUAAAUUUAAGAUAAUUAGAUAGAGUUUAAAACACAAUUUGUGAUUCGAUCGGUGGAUUAAUCGAGUAAUCGAAAUUGAAGUCACGUGUAAAGCAAAGAAGGUUCGGACCAAGUCCAGAUCGGUUGAUCUCGAUCGUACAAAAAUAAAUUAGAAAAACAGACAAAAAAGAGUGAAAACUGGAAGAGACGAGGAUAAAGACAAAGCGAUAAAAUGUAUAGAUAUAACCAUUAAUAUAUUAUUGUAUUAAAUUAUAUAUAUACACACAUGCAUAUACAUAUAUGAUUGUUAUUUAGAUCGAAUUCUGGAACUUGGUCGGCAUUCUCAGUGUUUCCGACAAAAAUGUACUUACGACAAAAGAUGAUGAGAUUCAUUAUUAUAUUCAUAAAAUUAAAAAUAAAGAAAGCUUUUAAUAUCCAA